AUGGCCAUGAACUGUGCUUUAAUCUUCUUCGGUCUUUUCGCCACAACUGUUUGCGGUAUUUUUUUUUUUUUGGAGUUCCAGAGGGAAUCUAAUUUUUUUUUUUCCAGCCCCUAUCGAUGAGCCAUCAACGACUACAGAAGUGCCAACGAUACCUUUUGGAUUGGGACCGCUAUCACCGGCUCUAGGUAUUUCCUGUUUUGUUGAAAGAGCAAACAGUUAGAAAUAGGGCCGUUUCAAAAAAUUUCUAUUUUCGUAUAUACAAUGGGUUUAAGAUAAUUCAAUUUCUAACGAGGGAUCGACUUCUGACUUCUGACGUCGGAAAAUGUUUUUCCGACGUCAGAAGUCAGAAGUUUUCCGUCGAAAAAUGGUUUUCCGACGUAAAAUUUUAUGGUUUUUUGUCAGAAAAAGAACUUUUCGUUUAUUUAUCCAACCAUUUUCAAAAUUUUCAGAAAAAAAAAACUUAACUUUCCUCUCAGUGAAUCCGAAAGUCAUCAGGAGAAAGGUUGGUAUUUCGGAAAAAAUUUCCUGACGAGUCGGCCCGGAUAUUUGGUCUGCCCAUUUACGUUCAGAAAUUUUUUACAGGAUUCCUGAACCCAGCAACCUGGAUGAAUGUAAAAAUGCCGCCCAUUGAGUUGCCGUCACUCGGCGAAUUUCUCAGCGUUUUUCAAAAGGUUCCGACCGCUGUCGUUGCUCCAAAUUUCAUGGUUCCUCAACCUGUCGACUCUGCCAACGUUGUUCAGCCACUCCCACUGGGAAAUGUGAGCUUGGUCUCAUUUUUCGAGGCUUCUCAACUAUUUCAGCUUUUUGGUCGUUGA